AGAAAGUCAGGGGAGCUUUGAAGAGGGGGCUUGGUGUUGGAAAAAGAAAAGGAAAAUAAUAAAAAAAAAGCUGAAAAUUUUAACUAAAAGAGAAAGAAGCUGAUGGAGGAGGAAGAGCUCGGGAAAGCAGCGACACCAAGAGCCAAGAAAGACCUUGCUCCAGGGAGGGUUGUCGAUACCUAUGCGGCACAAUGCGAUGCUUGUCAGAAGUGGAGGGUCAUUGAUAGCCAGGAGGAGUACGAGGACAUCAGGAGUAGAGUGCUGGAGGACCCUUUUACCUGCGACAAGAAACAAGUCUCUUGUGAAGACCCUGCAGAUCUUGACUAUGAUUCCUCUCGAACCUGGGUCAUCGACAAGCCUGGUAUCCCUAAAACCCCCAAAGGUUUCAAGAGGAGCCUUGUCCUCAGAAAAGACUACUCUAAGAUGGAUACUUACUACAUUACUCCAGCCGGUAAGAAGCUGAGGAGUCGCAACGAAGUCGCAUCCUACAUUGAAGACCAUCCAGAGUUCAAGGAUGCGCCCCUUGGAGACUUCACUUUCACUGUCCCAAAGGUCAUGGAAGAUACUUGUCCUCCUGAUACUGCUAAGCUUGCCUCUCCUACUACUGAUGAUGUUUCGGAGAAGAGCAUCAAACCCAAUCCAAUCAAAGGAUGAUACAAGGCCAAUGCAUUGCCAGUUUGUGUAGAUUUGCUUUUCUUAGAUACUUUUACUCUUAAAAGGACUUUCUUGCUCUCUUACCUCUCUCUUAAUAACGAACUAGUAGUUUUCAGAGGCAAAACAAGUGUUAAUACUAUUAGUUUUAUUUGGAUCAUUA